AAAAUUAUUUAAGAUAGAAAAAUGCUGGCACCUGGCAUGCCGUAAUUGAUCUGGCUAAUGCAUUCUUCUCAAUAGCAAUUGCCCCUGAGUCCCAGGAUCAAUUUGCAUUCACCUGGGAAGGCAGGCAGUACACCUUCCAGGUUUUACCACAAGGGUACGUGCACAGUCCCACGCUAUGCCAUGGGGUGGUGGCUAGAGACUUAAAGGAAGUUAUACUGAACUCUACCUUGUUUAUGGCCCAUUACAUUGAUGAUAUUAUGCUAUCAGGACCUACAGAAGAGGAGGUUCAGCAGGGCCUAGCCAUUUUAAGUGACCACAUGAAAGCCCGAGGGUGGGAAAUUAAUCCCGGAAAGAUCCAGGGACCAGCACGACAGGUGCAGUUCAUAGGAGUGAUCUGGGCAGGACCUAUGCGGCAUAUUCCUGAGAAAACCCUCAAUGUAAUUGCCACUUUGCAGGCUCCACGCUCCAAAGAGGAGGCUCAAUAGCUGGUGGGGUUUUUGGAGGCAGCAUAUUCCCCAUUUGGCACAGAUAUUGGGGCCAAUUUACAACGUGACAAGGAAAAAGGCCCAAUUUGAAUGGGGGGAGCUGCAAGGGAAAGCCUUAGCUGAAGCCAAAGCUGCAGUAGCGACUGCCAUGCCAUUCGGACCCUAUGAAAAAGGGCAACCUUUUGAAUUGCAAGUGUCAACAGAUAAGGAAAUUGCUGUCUGGAGUUUAUGGCAAAGGGGGCCAGAAAGGGAAGCAGAUUCCUCUAGGGUUCUGGUCAAGGAAAUUGCCCACUGCAUCAUACACUCCAUUUGAAAAACAGCUUCUUGCCUGUUACUGGGCCUUGGUAGACACUGAGUGCUUAACUGGGCAAGACCCAGUAAUGUUAAGACCUGCCAUUCCAAUCAUGGCAUGGGUUCAGGAUGAAUCUGUUAGUCCGAGAGUAGGACGGGCUCAGCAGUCCUCAAUUGUUAAGUGGAAGUGGUACAUUGCCGACAGAGCAAGGGUAGGGCCUCAGGGAGUCAGUGCACUGCAGGAGCAGGUGCUAGCACUGACACCUACAGGGGAGGAGGUGCAAGAGAAUUCUGUGGUCAAACUGGAUAAAGUCCAUUUCACAGAUGGGUCGGCUGGAUACCAAGGAAAUGAGAGAGUGUGGUGCGCUGCAGCCAUCAAUCCUAAAACAAUCCCCAGCGAUGGAGGCGCCCCCAUAAAAAUUAAGCAGCUAACACCUACCCACACGUUAAAGGGGUGGGGGAAGGUAUUUGAGCAAGCUGAAUUUGAACAGUCGUCCUCUGUAUGCUGGACUUUGCAGCGAAUGAGCUCACAAGGAAUAUUCUUACCAGUAACCCACCUCAAGGUAUGGAAGGUUCAGCCAUACGGUAAGCUACCCCUCCGGGCAAUGCCUGAUAGUGCAGGAGCAGAUCUCAUCACGCCUGAGGAAGUAGUGGUACCAGCUGGAGGGCAGGUAACAGUAUCCUUAGGCAUAGGGAUUGCAGUGCCUCCUGGUACGUAUGGGCGAAUUGCACCGUGGUUGGAGCUGGCCCUCAAGGGCAUCCAGAUACUAGGAGGGGUGGUGGAUACUGGUUACCAAGAUGAAAUAAAAGUACUACUGCAUAAUAUUGGUGUGCAAGAUGUGAUUCUCCCCACAGGACAGCGAAUAGCUCAACUUAUCUGUGAAAAAUAAGGAUACCAACUAUCCAGGGAGUAGCCGGUCCAAACCAGCCUACAAACAAAGGUAGCAAAGAGUCUGAAUCAAUAGAUUCAGAUUUCAUGGCAUGACAAAAAGUAUGGGUGGUGUAUCCCAACCGGUCUGACCAACCAGGGGAAAUAAUUGGUAGGGGCCUGAGGGCCACCUAUUGGGUGCUGCUAUCCCAAGCCAGCGCUCCAAUUUGUUUGGAUUAUGCUAAACUGAAGCAAAGAGAAUGAUAAAACGCAUUUUCAGAGUUACCUUAAAUGUUUAUUAGUUGGUAUUAAUUUUGUUUCUU